GUCACCGAUGUGAUGCCACCCCCAUUCUUUAUACCCACACCAAAUUAUCACCGUUAAUAUCAAUUCCAAACCCUCCUACAAAUUUGCAGAGCUCCACUUACUUCAAACCCUAGCUUCACUUCCUUCUCUCCGAGAUUGGAAUCUCCGAACAGAUCAUUCCACUCUGCAGAUCACUCCGGGUUUCAGGUGGUUUUUAUCUGUACGAAUCAUGUUUUGAUCAUACUCGAAUUCGCAAGAUCAUUAAUCUUGUGGUUUACUAAUCUCAAUGGGAGACUCGUCUUCGUAUGGGAUCCCUAAAGAGGCCAAGCUUGUGAUGUCUGGGAAAAAGCAGUCUCCGAAUUACAUAGUUGCUUCGCGCUCUAAGGCCUCUUUGCAAAGCUUGGGAGCACUUGGACUUGGUAAUAAUGGUGUGGUCAGCCAGGCAGCAGUGUUUCUGCUCAAAGUGGCUGCAUUGGAGGCAGCGCGGAGGCUCUCCAGGGCCAAGUGGCCCUGGCUGUGGCGCGGCUUCCAGGCUUUGCAAUUUCUGUGUUAUCCACCGUUUAAGUGGCUUCGGAGAUUCGCUCCCUUCAAGGCUCUGGUCGACAACUUGCAGACGGUUUCGAAGCCAUUACUAGCCCUCUCCAUCGCAACGGCUUUUACUGAUGAAUUAGAAUUCGGUCCUAGAACUUCAGAUGAUGUCAACAAUACUGAUGCACGUCCAGAAGUAUCCUCUGCAGAGUCUGCUUUGGAUACAAGCGUUUCUGAAGAAGUUCCUCAAAAUGUAGCAUCUGAAGGAUGGUUGAUACAACUUCAUAACGAGCUUGAAAGACAAGGGCUUAGCUUGCCAGAAAGAAUUGACGAGGAGGAACUUCGCAGGUUCUACACAGCUGCUAACAGAGACUUCUCGAGCUUUCUGUCUGCAAUAAAGAAGACAAUCAGGUGGAGAGAGACUUAUGGAAUUCUUUCAGUCCAGGAGCUUGAGAAAUGGUCAAAUAUGGUUUUCUGGCAUGGAUUUGAUGUGAAACACCGACCUUGCCUUAUAGUACGGCUUGGACUAGCUUGCAUCAGCUUGCCAUCUCACGAUAAACCUCGCUUUGCUCAAGCAAUCAUUUCUCAAGUUGAUCAUGGAGUCUUUCAUUUACUUGAUGCCAACAAUUCCCAAAUUACAGUUGUAGUAGAUUGUGAAGGUCUAACUCCAUUGAAAAUUCCCAUGCAAGUAUUGAGAACUUGUUCUUCGCUAUUGCAAGAUCACUUUCCCAACCGUCUUGGCUGUCUGUUUGUUGUACGGCUUCCUCCAAUGCUUCGUGUUAUUGCCCAAACUUUUAUCCAAGUUUUGAAACCUUACACCCGAGAAAAGUUGAGAAUUGAAGGGAAUAUGUACCGGAAGAUUCUCUCUGAGUGCCUAGAGACACUCCCAUCAUAUCUUGGUGGCAAAUGCCUCUGCAGAAUAUGUUCAGAUAUUAACACGAAAGAUAUGCAGCAGCCUCGCACAAAUGAUAUUAUGAAGAGAGAGCUGAGAGUGAGUGUUUGUGAGGGUGGGAGUUUACACUCUCCCGAUCCAACUUGUGAGACCGAGGUUGAACCGAACCAUAACUGUGAUCAGCUGCUGAGAACUGCCAUAGUGAGCAUCCUUAUGUUUUGGAUUUUAAUAGCUUUUAUUGCUGGAUUAUAUGACCCUGGAAGCAGUCCCUUUUCUUCUUCAUGAGGUAAAACCACAGGAGCCGGAAAACUCUUUUUCCCCUCUCUGGCUGAUUUCUUGCCAAGUGUCUUCUUUAAAAAUAGCCUAUCAAUGUAUCUUAUAAGUUUCCCACAGACGGGAUGUCUUGUCAUAUAUUAGUUAGUAUAUUUGGUGGCAUAACUUGUACAAUUAGCUUGAUUUAUGAAAUAGUUGAAUAAAGCAUCAAGUUUUCAUUUUUUGCUUCUAA